CUUCUGAUUAGACUUUAUGAGAAGUAAAAAGCCAACAGAAAUCAAGUCUACGUAAAGAUGAGUGCUCAAAAAGUCAUCACCUUCAUCACUGGAAACGCUAAAAAGUUAGAAGAGGUGACUGCAAUACUUGGUAAAGACUUUCCCUUUAUGAUUGAAGCUCAUAAAGUUGAUCUUCCAGAAUUACAAGGAGAGCCAGAAGACAUAGCAAGACAAAAAUGUUUACUAGCUGCUGAAAAAAUGAAUUUUGGACCGGUGAUAGUGGAAGAUACUUGUCUCUGUUACAACGCACUCAAUGGUCUGCCUGGUCCCUACAUAAAGUGGUUUUUAGACAAGUGUGGCAGAGAAGGUUUGUACAAAUUAUUGGCUGGUUACGAGGACAAGUCUGCUUUUGCUCUCUGUACUUUCGCUUACUACGAUCCGGACAAGAAAGAGGCGGUUAUCUUCGAGGGGAAAUGUCAUGGAAAGAUUGUUCCCCCGAGAGGCCCGGAUUAUUUUGGCUGGGACCCAGUCUUUCAGCCUGACGGCUAUGAUGUGACUUACGCUGAAAUGGAUAAGAAGAUAAAGAACACCAUUUCCCAUCGUUUCAAUGCUCUGUUAGCUAUGAAGAAUUAUUUCUUGGAGAAUGGAAACUUAGGAUCGUAGGACUUGAAGUUAUUUUUAAUUCGUUUAUUUUAAUUGUAGUCCAUUCUAACAUCCGCUUCUUUACAUUUUCAAUUUUAUCGGUUUUAGAAGCCAAGAUAACAAUAGAAAUUCUUAAUUAAAUUGCUUACUUUUAGCCGCUGUUUUUAUAUUCUAAAAUAAUUUAUUGAAUUUUGGUUUCAUUUUCUUCAGUUUUA